AUGCGAGACUUCACACCCACCCCCUUUCAUGGACAUAAAAAAGCAACAUCUUCAGCAUUAUCAAAUCAAAGUUGUUCAUGUAAAAAGAAAGUAAAGGGUAAUGAUAAUGUAAUGCAAUGUGAUAAUUGUGAUAAAUUGUUUCAUAUUGGUUAUAUUAAUAUGCCCAUUUCUUCGUACCAAGCUUAUCAACAACUUGCCACAAAUAAACAGUAUUCAAAUUGGUACUGCUUUGAGUGUUCAAUAAAUGAAAAAUCAUCGAAUCGUACACCACGUCGUUGUUUACAAUAA